ACGCGCGGCGCAGAAUAAGGGCCAAGGUCACUUGGGUAUCCCGAGAUGGCCGAACAGAAAAUCAAAUUGACCACAUCUGCAUCAGCCGAAAAUGGAGAAGGAGCCUUCUUGAUGUCCGCAACAAACGAACCGCAGACAUUGCAUCUGACCAUCACCUCGUCCUUGGCGAAAUACGACUGAGAGUUGCGCGUGUCCAACGGAGCGAGGAGAAAGUCUGGUGUCGAUACGACGUCCGCCGGUUGGAGAAUCCAGAGGUGAAAAGGGCAUACGUUGAACAGUUAGAAUCCCGAGCCUCGGAAUUGCCGACAGACGGAACAGUCGAAGAACAGUGGUGUGGAAUCAAGAAUGCCUUUAUCACGACGAGCCAUGGUGCUCUCGGUAAAGUUCGUGGAAGAAGAAGUGAAUGGAUGUCGGAUGAAACUUGGAGGAUGGUCGAUGAUCGGAGAAAGGCGAAAGUCGGAAUUGAGCAGGCAUGUACCGGGUCAGCCAAAGCAGCCACCCGCUUACGAUAUGCGGAGCUGGAAAAGACAGUUAAACGAGCUUGUAGACGAGACAAGAGAGCCUGGACAAACUCCCUAGCCGAAGAGGGAGAGAGAGCCGCCGCCAAUGGAGAUAUCCGAUUACUUUAUGACAUUUUUCGCCGCCUCAGUGGUGCAAGGACUAAUGCAAGAAUGCCGCUGAAAGACCGAGCAGGUCAGUUAUUGACCGAUCGAACAGAUCAGCUCAAACGAUGGACUGAGCACUUCGAACAACUCUUCCGAGUCACGAAUAGCAAUGGGCAACAGAAUCCGCAGCUCGAAGCGCCAACAGUAAGUCGCAUAAAUGGCGUCAACUCGGAAGCGCUUCCGCUGGCUGAAAUAGAAGCGGCAAUCAAAAACAUGAAAUCCAACAAAGCACCUGGGAUCGAUUGCAUCCCUGCUGAAAUGUUGAAAGCCGACCCUGCCCUGUCAGCACAAAUGUUGCACCGUCUUUUCGCUGACAUCUGGGAUACUGCAACAUUCCCGGCCGACUGGAUGCAGGGUAUCCUCGUAAAGGUCCCGAAGAAAGGAGACCUGACAGAGUGCGGUAACUGGCGAGGCAUAACGUUGAUCUGUACAACCCUCGCUGUACAACGCUACACUCCGACGGCAGCAAGCUGGAUUCCGAUCCGGACGAUCAUGUGUGGACCACAUCACAACGCUACGAAUAAUACUGGAACAAAUCAACGAAUUCCAGGACUCUCUUCUGCUGGUGUUCGUUGAUUUCGAAAAAGCAUUUGACCGACUUAACCAUGAAAACUUCUGGGCGGCUCUAAGGCGACGAGGGGUCCCAGAGAAACUAGUCCAUCUCAUCGAAGCUAAAUACGAGGCAUUUUCGUGCAAGGUCUUGCACGACGGUGUCUUGUCCGAACCAAUCCCGGUUACUGCUGGAGUGAGACAAGGAUGUAUCUUAUCACCGCUACUUUUUCUCAUCGUAAUGAAUAAGAUUCUGACUGGAUGGAUUGACUGUGCACCGAACCGAGGAUUGCCGUGGAAUCCUUCAACGAUGGAUCAACUGAACGACCUUGACCUGGCUGACGAUAUUGUUUUGCUCGCCCAACCACAACCGGACAUGCAGAGCAAACUCGACGACCUCACCGAAAGUUCCAAGGCAGCAGGUCUCAAAGUCAAUGUCGGAAAGACCAAGUCGAUGGAAAUCAACACAGCAAAUCCCUCCAGUUUCAUGGUAGCUGGGCAACAAGUUGAGAAAGUGGAGUGCUUCCAAUAUCUUGGUAGCCAGAUUACGCCUGAUGGUGGUACCAGGAAAGACAUCGAAACCCGGAACAGAAAGGACCGUUUUGCAUUUGCGAGUCUCCGAAACAUCACGCCAGAUCUCUCUACGAACGAAAAUCCGAAUCUUCAACUCAAACGUCAAAUCCGUAUUGCUGUAUGGGUGCGAAACUUGGUGCACAUAUGCGGUGACGACGCGAAAACUGCAAGUAUUUGUAAACCGCUGCCUGCGGAAUAUCACCCGCGCUUGGUGGCCUGGCAACUGGAUGUCGAAUGAGGAACUACAUCGCCGGUGUCAUCAAAGGGCGCUAGAAAUCGAGAUUCGGGAACGUAAGUGGAGAUGGAUUGGGCACACGCUGCGAAAAGAUGAAAACGAGAUUUGCAGAGAGGCGCUAGAUUGGAAUCAAAGAAGAGGCAGACCUAGAAACUCGUGGCGGCGAAGCCUAGCCGCUGAAAUCCGAACUGUCGACGAGAAUCUUGACUGGGACCAGGUGAAGACGCUGGUUCCUCUGGAGGUCUUUUACCACGGCCCUAUGCACCGGAGGAUCGGCGCGGGAUCAUUAAGUAAGUGCUGUUUUGGUAAAUGAAGCUGCCAAAGUUUGAACGUUGUUACUGCUCAUGUGGAUAAACAACUCAACAGUUCGAUGUGUUAUUCGAUCCAACAAAACCAUUCCGAGUUCUUAAGACUGAUGAAAAUCGAUUACUCUGGUGAUGACAAUCAGGAUAACCGCCAGGCUCUUGAAUUUGUGGACGCUUUCAAUCGUCAAGAUCAGUACGACCGCAGCUCAUCGUUCAAAGGUGCAAACUUGUCUGAGUACUCUGUGAUUAACUCGUUUGCCGGUCAAGACUACGUUAUUCCCUCGAAUUGCCAUUUUUUUAACGAUGACAUUGCUCGUCUGAAUGAACUCGUUCCAGAGGAAAAUAAGUUCGAUUAUAUCGUACUGGAUCCACCCUGGUGGAAUAAAUACAUUAGGCGUACAAAACCCGUAAACAAGAACAUCAGCUAUCAGAUGCUAGAUAAUGAAGCUAUCAGCAACAUUCCGUUGGAGAAGUAUAUACACAGCAGAACCGUGGUUGUGAUUUGGUGCACCAAUUCGCCUACCCACAUAAAUGCUAUCAAGGAAAAGUUUUGCAAAAAGUGGAAACUAAAGCUAGUUGGCAACUGGUACUGGAUCAAGACAACAAAAAGCGGGCUUCCCGUUUGUGCCUUCAAUGAAGUCACCAAAAAACAACCGUAUGAGCAACUUUUCAUAGCGACUAGCGAAAACGGAGAUUCUACGGACAUGUUACAGGAAAAAUUUAUCUUCAGCAUUCCGUGUGCUUUUCACUCGAACAAACCACCCUUAAUAGAUCUGUUUGCGGAAUUGCUUCCAGAGCAUCCGAAAUGCUUGGAAUUGUUUGCCCGAAAUGUGUAUCCAAACUUUACUUCGAUCGGAACGGAGGUUUUAAAACUACAAAAUGCUAGACUGUUCAAUUUCGAAGUGUGUCAUAAAUAAAAGGAAUCCAUAUUCUUCUAGGAGUAAUCAUUAAAACUA